AUGACGCAGACAAGAAUCCAAAGGUUCCCCCAGAGCUUGAGAGGGAUCGGCGGCGGCGAGGGUAACCGCCGCUACGUGGUGCCGAGCGUGGUGGCCAUCGGCCCGUUCCACCAUGGCCGUGCUCACCUGCACGAGAUGGAGGAGGUCAAGCUCAUGGCGGCCCACCGCUUCUGCGCGGACUCGGGCGUCCAGGUAGUGCGCGAUAAGAUCUUCUCCAUCGCCGGUGAUGCUCGCAGAUGCUACGCGGCCACCGGCGACUUGCAGAUCGCGGCACUCGAAGAUGCCGAGUUCGCGGAAAUGAUGUUCGUGGACGGCUGCUUCCUGCUGCAGUUCAUGUUCAAAGGCAACGAGCCGCCGAUCGUGGGACGCUUCCUGUCGUCCGGGCCUAGCAUCCUCAAGGACAUCUUCCUGCUCGAGAACCAGAUCCCAUGGCUGGUGCUCGAGGCCCUCGCCAAAUAUGUGCCCAUGCACGACGGCCUUGUCAUCGCGGACUUGGUGCUCAACUUUAUUGUUGAUCAUAUGAAAGGGUACUUUUUUCUUGACAGAUCAAGAAAGGAAGACAAGGCUAGGCUGUGUUUCCAGAAUCUCCUGGCGAAAUGCCGAUGCGCCAAGGAUCCUGUUGGAAUGGGAAGGAGCUUCAGCCAUGGAGACCACCCCAAUCCGAAGCAUCUCCUCGGUCUCCUCAGGUUCGGCAUGACACGCGGGAUGCCCUCACAGAAGAGGAGGAGCGAGCUCAGCAACCGCAGCUUCCCGCGGCUGUCCUGCAGCGCCGUGGAUCUCGCGCAGAUCGGCGUCAAGCUGACCGCCAGCAGGACCCCAUGGUUCGCCGACGUCAACUGCCAGAAGAAACCCAUCUUCGGCGAGCUCUCCCUGUCCCCGCUGUUCCUGAACCACGUCGCCGCCUGCUGCCUCGUCAACCUGGCGGCGCUGGAGGUGACCGAGGCGACGAGCGCCUCGAGCUCGGAGUCGGACGGCUUCGUGGUGAGCUCGUACCUGUCGGUGCUGGCGAUGCUCAUGGACAGCGAGGAGGACGUGCACCAGCUCCGGGUGAGGGGCGUGCUGUGCAGCAACUUCAGCAACAACCAGACGCUGGCCUUCUUCAAGGAGCUCGUCCAGUACCUUCGCCUGGGCUACAACUACUACGCCGCCAUGGAAGAGAUCGACGAGUACAUGCGCCGGAGACCCGUGAGGAUCGCCGUCCACAGGUUCAUCUACAACAACUACAGGACCAUCGUCGCCGUCCUGUCCAUCGCCAGUGUGCUCGUCGGCAUAUUUAAGGCGCUCAAGAAACCAUAG